GUCCUCUGCGACUCCAGACUGGAGAUGUGCGCACCUGAUGACGCAGCAGUCUGCCGCUGUCUGCUGCUGCGUCAUCAGGUGUGCAACUGUAGACGCCAACCAGACUGCGCUGCUCCCCUCCUCCUCAUCCACCUCCUGUUACUCUCAGCCCUGCAUGUUCUGCUUCUGGUUCUUUAUUUUUUUAAUCCUUAAAUGAAACUCCUUUUGUGCGCAGAGAUCCAUGCAGCUUCUGUGUUCCAGGUCACAGAGUUGUUACAUAAUUCAUCUGAUAGUCUCAGACAUCCCGUGGAGUGUGGAACUUCAAUAACUCAACGUGAUAACAAAAGCAGGAGGAAUCUGAGCGCUAUCUCCACGUGGUGUUUGCUGCAGCGGCGGUGCGCCACACCGACCCGUCCCGUCCCCGCCGCUGGCUGGCUGGCUGGCUGGCAUAAUUCUCAGACGGCAGGAGGAGGAGGAGGAGGAGGGGGGGAGGGGUUUACUGACAUCAGCACUGCCGCUCACUACAGCAUCGAGCAGGCUUGCCUGUCUGCGGGACCAGCCACGCCAUCCUGACGGGGGGCUUCACGGAUGUCUGGGCUCGCUUUGCGGGGUUCGGGUCGUGUGGAAGCGGACAGUUCGAGCGCAGAGGCGUCCGUGGAGAUCCGGGACUCGGUCCGGGCGGGUCGGACGGUGAGUUUGUGGCGUUGUUUGUCUGCAGACAGCAGGGCAGACUGAAGCAGGCACGCUGUCUGAAUUUGCAGGUUUUUUUCUGUCUGCACGAGGAGGCUGCAGACAGAAAAGGCAAAGCAGCAGAUUUCCUACAGAAGAGUGCACACAGGGGCGCUCCCAGUAAAGAAGCCAAAUUCUGCACUGCAGUGGAUUUCUUCAGGUGUGUAAGUGAGUGUGUGAGUGUGUGAGUGUGUGUGUGUGUGUGUGUGUGUGUGUGUGUGUGUGUGUGUGUGUGUGAGUGUCUGUGUGUGACUGAGCAGUAGGCUGUACACUCAGUUUUCGGAUACUUUCUCAUUAACAUUGUCAGAACCUGCAGAAGCUUUUUGGGGUACAUGUGGAGGUCGCCCCUCCUGGAAAUCUGUGCCACCAGACCACCCAGCCCCAGCCGCCCCCCCUCCACCUCCUCCCCUUGUUCUCCUCACAUCACAGGAACAGUGUGGUGGCUGGUUUGACGCCGCCUGUGCAUUUGGAUCUCAGACUUCCUGCAGGCCUCCAGACCAGAGAGCUGCUACAGGAUUCAGAAAGUGGAUUUUUUUUAUGUGAACUUCCUGGAAUUCAAUUCAAAGCAAAGACCGGCUCACUGUUCGUUCACUUUCAUUGCACUCAGAGGACUUUUGGAUAACGAGGGUUGGACCUGCUCUUCAGGGGGCUUGAAGGACUACAAAGGUGUCACAUUUCACCUCAGGGAUCAGAUUUUUAUCACUGUGUCGACACAGCACAUCUCAGGCGCCGCUCACACCGGUUUCCCAGACUCACUGAGUUUCUCCUCAGGACUUUUUGAUAUUUUUCCAAGACGUUCUUUGUAGUUUCACUCUCAGGCGAAACCCAACCAACAUAUGAACCCCCGUCGCCAUGGCUUCUGACAGCUUCCAGUACAGGGCGCUCUUUGAGUACAAACGUGAGCGCGGCGACGACAUCAGCCUCCAGCUGGGCGACCUCCUCGUCGUCACCAAGGCCUCGCUGAUGGCCAGGCCGGGCGUGGACUACCAGGACGGGGACGAGCGGAGCCCCAAAGGCUGGCUGCACGGCACCAACGAGAGGACUAAGGAGACGGGAGACUUCCCGGGGACUUUUGUGGAGUAUGUCGGCGCGGUGAGAGUUGGCCCACCUGCGGCCAAAUCCUGGACCAGGCCCGUACCGCCGACCCCCGGGGGGACGCAGGACGCCGUGGGGCUUCAGCCUCCUGGAGCAGCUGCUGCUUCAG